CCCACAACCAAUCUCAAAUCACCUUCGGGUCGGGGGAACGACAUGGAAGACUCGUCAGUACUUACGUUACGUCAUCCGGUGUCGAUCACGUCAAUGGGGAUUCGUUUAAAUAAAAGGCCACGAGCUGCCCCUCGUGUCCAGCAUUCACUCUCCAUCAAUUUCUAUCAAUCUAUCCUCCAAUCUUUUCUAAACAACACACACAUCAUGUCCAAAGCAUUCUGCAAGCACUGCGUCGACGUCCAGGAGCUUCCUGGCAAGCCCGCCGGAAAGGAGACCAAGUAUGGCGGCGUCAACGCCUACGUCGCUUCCGGCAGCAAAAAGGGCACCGUGGUCGUGGCCACCGACAUCUUCGGCCUCGCCAUUGACAACCCCAUGAUCGUGGCCGACCGCUUCGCCAAAGAGACCGGCUACACGGUCGUCGUGCCCGACCUGUUCAACGGCGAGCCCAUUUCCCCCAACGACUUCAAGCUGCCCAAGCACAAGGACGAGCCGCAGCCCGAGGGCGCCGACAAGAACUUUGACAUUUUCGGCGCGUGGCUGGGCAAGGGCAACAAGCCUGACGAGACUUACCCCAAGUUCAAGAAGGUCAUCGACCAGGCCGCCCAGGAGGGCCCUGUCGCUGCGAUUGGAUACUGCUACGGUGGCAAAUUGAUGUCGCUUGCUGGACAGGAUGGUGCCGUCAAGGGUGUCGUCAUCAACCACCCCGCCAUGCUCGAGAAGGGCGAGGCGGCCUCCGUCAAGGUGCCGACUCUUAUCAAUGCAUCGGAAGUCGACCCCAUCUUCACCGACGACGUCAAGGAGGAUUGGUUCGAUACGCUCAAGUCAGCCGGCCACCUUGAUCCGGCUUCGACGACUUACAAGAAUGCCGUUCACGGUCAUGCCAUUCGUCCCGACUUGAACAAGCCUGAUAUCAAGAAGGCCUACGAAGACUCUUUUGCAAAAUCGGUCGCUUUCUUCCAGAGAGUGCUGGCAUAAGCAUGGUCACGCGGAAUCGCCGCUUGAAAUGGCUGGUUGCGUACGAUCUGAGGGACCAAAAGCUUUAAGAUAAGAGACAGCCAUUCAAUAAAUUCCAAUUUCAGCCGACCAGUAAUGUCCUCGU